AGAGAAGAGGCUUGGGUGACAGGCCAGGGGUUGGGGGAAGAGUUAGCCCGCCCGAGUGGCAGUCUCACUCCCUGAUUUCUCGGCGGCGGGACCGCAAGAGGCUGGCCCACCUUCCCGCACCGCCGCCGUCCUACCGCGGCCGCUCCAUCUCCCAGCCCGGCAGACCGACGGGUCGUCACCCUCGCUACUCGGCAGCUUGGCGACCCAGUGUGUCUCAAGCCUUGCGGUGGACACCGAACAUCCCCGGGACCACCAACGGGAUGUCGUCCGGACAGCGGAGCUAAGUGACCCAAGCUGGGCGCAGGGCGCUCGAGCUUCCGGCCACCGUCCGAGAGGCGGCGGCGGCGGUGGGGAUGAGCACGGGACGCCCAGAGCGCCUGCCGCGAGCCAUCCCCGGGAGGUGGACACCGAGCGGGGCUCCUCGAAGGACCGCGCGGACCUUUACCUCCCCCGGCACGAGGUGGCGAAACCUCGCCGCGGCGCCUCCGCUCAGGAUGCUCUGUGCUGCUGAGAUGUUCUGCUACGAGAUCCUGCCAUCGCCAUCCCCGGUCUCAGGUGGGCACGACUGAGCGGGCCCGGCUCCAGCCCCCUUGUGUAGGUGGAUGAACUGUGCCGGAGACCUUCUUGUAUGGGAUCAGAGAUCAACUUUUAAGAGCCAUGGACGAAGGGGCUGCGCAGUCCCCGGGCCAAGAGCAGCUGGAGGCACCUGCCCAGGUAGGAGCUGUCCAAGGGAAGUGUGAGUCAGAGACCUUCAGGUCGAAGAGUUUACCGGUCCUGCACAGUGCCUCCUGCCGGCAGAAUCUCAGGGCUGAGAAUGCAGACGUCAACCUGGCCUUGGGCCGCCCUGAAGCUAUGGGUGACCGGGAGAAGCAUCAAGGAAGGAGCUUGAUAGUCCCUAGUCCUUCCGCCCCAUCCACUUCGGCAGGGACUGCAGCGGAACUCAUGGACUGUAACCACAGGGUGGACCCGGGCAAACCCGUGUCGGUGUCUUCGACUCUGGCCGCCCUCCAGGAGAGAAGGUGUCUCUAUGUGGUCCUCACCGAUUCUCGCUGCUUCCUAGUGUGCAUGUGUUUUCUGACCUUCAUCCAGGCGUUGAUGGUCUCCGGGUACCUGAGCAGUGUCAUCACCACCAUCGAAAGGCGCUAUAGCCUCAAGAGUUCUGAGUCAGGGCUGCUGGUCAGCUGCUUCGACAUAGGAAACCUGGUAGUGGUGGUCUUUGUCAGCUACUUCGGCGGCCGCGGGCGAAGGCCCUUAUGGCUGGCGGUGGGUGGACUUCUCAUCGCCAUCGGGGCUGCCCUCUUCGCCUUACCUCACUUCAUCUCACCUCCCUACCAAAUCCAAGAGUUGAACGCUUCUGCCUCCAACGAUGGCCUUUGUCAGAAUGGCAACUCCACGGCUACCUUAGAUCCUCCCCCCUGUCCCAAGGACUCCGGAGGAAACAGUCACUGGGUGUAUGUGGCUUUAUUCGUUUGUGCACAGGUUCUCAUUGGAAUGGGCUCCACACCUAUUUACACCCUGGGACCAACCUAUUUAGAUGACAAUGUCAAGAAAGACAACGCAUCCUUGUACCUAGCCAUCAUGUACGUCAUGGGAGCACUUGGCCCUGCAGUAGGGUACCUGCUGGGUGGGCUGCUCAUUGGCUUUUAUGUCGAUCCCAGAAACCCCGUUCACCUUGACCAGAACGACCCUCGUUUCAUCGGAAACUGGUGGAGUGGAUUCCUCCUUUGUGCCAUUGCAAUGUUUCUUGUGAUAUUCCCCAUGUUUACUUUUCCAAAAAAGCUUCCGCCUCGACACAAGAAAAAGAAAAAAUUUUCUGCUGGCGUCACUAGUGACGAUGACAUCAUCAAGGAGAAAUCAAAGACAAGCGAACAAGUGGACAAAAAAGUAUCUUCAAUGGGCUUUGGAAAGAAUGUCAGAGACCUACCGAGAGCAGCUGUCAGGAUCUUAAGCAACAUGACAUUCCUUUUUGUGAGUUUGUCGUACACAGCCGAGAGUGCCAUUGUCACUGCUUUCAUUACCUUCAUCCCCAAGUUCAUCGAGUCACAGUUUGGUAUCCCAGCUUCCAAUGCCAGCAUCUACACUGGUGUCAUCAUUGUCCCCAGCGCUGGGGUUGGCAUUGUGUUGGGAGGCUACAUUAUAAAGAAACUGAAGCUCGGUGCGAGAGAAUCUGCAAAGCUGGCAAUGAUCUGCAGCGGGGUCUCUCUGCUGUGCUUCUCCACCCUGUUCAUUGUUGGAUGCGAAAGCAUCAACCUGGGAGGUAUAAACAUCCCUUACACAACGGGACCUUCUCUGACCAUGCCUCAUAGGAAUCUGACAGGAAGCUGCAAUGUUAAUUGUGGUUGUAAAAUACAUGAAUACGAGCCAGUCUGUGGAUCGGAUGGAAUCACAUACUUCAACCCGUGCCUGGCCGGCUGUGUUAACAGUGGUAAUCUUACCACCGGGGUUCGGAAUUACACGGAGUGCACCUGUGUCCAGAGUCGACAAGUGAUCACGCCGCCCACGGUGGGACAGCGCAGCCAGGUCCGGGUGGUCAUUGUGAAAACCUAUCUCAACGAGAACGGCUAUGCUGUGUCGGGGAAGUGUAAACGCACUUGCAAUACCCUCAUCCCCUUCCUGGUGUUCCUUUUCAUAGUUACCUUCAUCACGGCAUGUGCCCAACCGUCAGCCAUCAUCGUGACACUCAGGUCUGUGGAAGAUGAGGAAAGGCCCUUUGCUCUGGGAAUGCAGUUUGUUUUGUUGCGAACACUUGCUUACAUUCCUACUCCGAUUUACUUUGGAGCCGUGAUUGACACCACCUGUAUGCUCUGGCAGCAGGAAUGUGGCGUGCAGGGCUCCUGCUGGGAAUACAACGUGACGUCCUUUCGUUUUGUCUACUUCGGUUUGGCGGCUGGCCUCAAAUUUGUUGGCUUUAUUUUUAUCUUCCUGGCCUGGUACUCGAUCAAAUACAAAGAGGAUGAAUUGCAGAGGCGGAGGCGGAGAGAGUUCCCGCUGAGCACUGUGAGUGAACUAGUGGGCCAGCCCAACAAAGUGGAGAAAUAUGCCCGGACUACAUCAUGCCCAGCCUUCAGCACCCAGGGGGAAUUCCAUGAAGAGACUGCUCUGCAAAAGGGAUUUCCAUGCACCACACAGACAUAUCCCGGGCCUCUCUCAGAAGCAAUAAGUCCCUCGGCAGACCCUGGGCUGGUCGUGAGUCCUGAUGCUGCUGCUCUAUAGUGUCCCUGCUGAAGCCCGGAAAAGAGAGACGUGUUCUGUUGGUUGAGUUGAAUAUGGCGACUUGAGAAACACCUGUGCCUUCUUUCUUUCUUUUUUUUUAAACCUCCACAGACACAAUCCUCAAACCAACAAAACUCAGUACACACAGCCACUGUUGGCUGAGGGCUGGAUACCUCAACAAGACUGAGAGCCUUUCCCCUCUUUUCUCCAGGGAGGAGCUUAGGUCGAUCUGUUAUCACUUCUGCUAGGUUCAUUUAAUGCUCACGCUCCUGUUUGGUAGGCGCCUGAGGUCCAUGGCGAGUCAUGGGAAAGGCUAUGAUCACACAUAUCAUUAGCAUACACUCCAGACAAAGGUGAGCUUGACCAUGAUUUUGCUUUUGCAAGUCAGGGUCUUCAGAUUUGAACACCUACUAUGUUUUCAGAUUUGAACACCUACUGUGAGUUCUGCUGCAAAAGCACAACUGAAUUUGCCUCAACUAUGCAAUUUGAUUGGAAGUACGAAAGUAUCAUGUGUCCCUUUUGGCUUUUAGAGAGUAAAGAAGAAAUGGUUUUGAUAAGCGGAAGCUGAAUGUUCUGUAAAGCACUGUUAGCAUUUUAAGCCAUAGCAGACUUAUCAAUCAGGUAGAAAUUUUCAAAUGCUUCAAGGAACUGCAUACCACAAUGAAAUGAAUGAUUACAGGAUUUCCUAAGUUAUGUUUUCUCUUAGUCUCUUUACUCCAUCAUAAGGUAGAUCAAGAGGCUGCUUGAAUCAUACAUCUGAUAGCUUGAAUAUAUAAACCAUAGUAUUCUUUCAUAAGGGGCUUUAAAACUAGUGUGCUAAACAAUAUGGCUAGAAGCUGUAAUUUGAGAUGUGUAAUAAGGAAGGGAAUGAUGACUUUCUCAUUUAAGGAAAUGGCUGUCAAAAUUCUUUCAACUCUUAAGGAGUGACUAAAAGAAGCUAUGAGUUACUACUGCAUUCAAAGUAGUUGAUAAAGAAAUUGCCAAAGUAGUAUUGAGCUCAAAUGGGGAAUUUCAUUUAUAUCUGCAGCAUACUGGCAAUUCUCUACUGAUUUUUUUUUAUAUAUAUAGAAAAUGACUAUUGUUGGUUGCUUCAGAAAAUGGGCAGUUCAGUCAGGAAAGCUGUGCCUGGGAUAUGAAAAUCACUGCAUAGGAAAUGGGAAAUUUGUCAGCUGAACACAGAAUAUGAUCAUACUUUGAGUAACAGUUUAGAUUGCUAAAGCAAACUAGUCUACCAUACUGAAUUCUGCAUUCUCAGUGCUAGCAUCAUUUUGCAGUGCCCUUGGCAUUCCUGUUCGUCUAGCCUUCCUGCAGUGAUUCUGAGAGUUUCCUUCCCAAAGGCACCCCGGGUCCAUUGACAGUUGUUCAGCAUUGUCAUUUGGCUUCGGCACUUCCCAGUAUGCUUUCUGUAUUGUUCUUAAGAUAGAGGCCUCUGGGCAGGUUUUGUGCACUGACAGUUGGUAAUUCAUGAUCUGGCUGCAACGGACGAAAAGGUCCGAUGCUCCAUGAGAUUGAAGCCUCUCUGUCAAGGAACUCACGUUAUGUAAGGUGAAAUAUUUCCUCAUCUAGAAGAGAGAUGGUGGGCAGAACAGGCCACGAGUCAGAUACCCAUGUGUAUGGCAGGCCACACAGGUAGAAUCAUGGGGCUGUUCCUGGGUAUUGAAUUGAUUUCCUGUCUGUGUAGGAAGGCCUAGUCAAGUAGAUUUUCUGGGUGCAUGCAGUGUAUGGAGGAGGCAUUUGCUGUUGGACCGGUAGAGCUCCUGCUCAGGUGACAGUAACUUUGACCCCUGGGCUUAGCUAUCAUGGAAGUAGGGUCAACGCUAGAUGGUGCUGGGUCAGACUUUGUCCGGCAUAAUAACCAUGAGAGGUUUUCAUGAAGUCAUGCAGAUUAGCCCAGGCUGUACUGUAGGGACCCCGUCCCUGUUUGCCCUCCCUCCGUGGGAGUCACAGUCCUUUAGAAGCAAUAGUUUCCUGUCACAGUCCUUUAGAAGCAAUGGUUUCCUGUGGUGUUCAUCUCAGCUGUGUAUUUGUGGAGAGGUGGUGCUUUCUUAACUUUUCUGUGAGAAUGAAGCCAUUUUACCCUCAGACUUCCGGUCCUGUUUUGGUACUAAGAUUGAUGACCUCACCUGGGGUAGUUCGAAAGCAUCUGGUCACUUUCUCUACCCUGAGUUCAGUUCAGCAGUUGCUGACUGGGUACCAGUUUAUGGGUUGAUACCAUUCACCGCUCCAUGAAAUCCUUUGGAACUCAAAGACGUUGACCUGGGAUGAGCACUACCGUACGUGAAUAGCAGUUCCAAGAAUUCUGAUUAGCAGGUGUACUGUUAAUGUGCCAUUUUGGAUAUAGAGUAAGUAGUGAAAGGCAUGAGGGAAUGAAGUGCUGGACUACCUAACAGUCAAGGACUGCUCCCCAAAUCUUUUAGGCUCUGGUAGCAUCAUCAGACUAUUGCACAGCCAGUGUGUGACUACUUUCUAGGUAGCACCAUUCAAUUGUAUAUAUAGAAGGGGUCUUCUGUUUCUAGUAAAAUGGUUGUGUUCCUUAUAGUCACAGCUCCUGACAGAAAUUUUAAUUGCUCUCCGUGCAUAGGCUUUGAAUUAUUUGUCUUGACAAAAAGGAUGAGUUGUUCUUGUAUCAUCUCUAUAAGCUAGUGUGUUGUUCCGCUUCACCAUGCAAAUGUAAUGCCCUGCUCAUUGAUCUAGAAUCUCCCAGUUGCUGAGGGAGGAGGGUGUUGGAGAACAUUCUUCUGGUUUUCUUUCUGACUAUGAUGUUCUUGUUCCUUGGAGGUGGAGUUAAGGUCUGAAAACACUCAAAAAUCAUUUGGAAUACAAUGCGGGAUGAGGAGAAAGGAGACAGUUUAGCGUUUGGUGUGGUGACUUUUUGCAGAAUGGUUUGCCACCAUUCGACACCCAUUGCAUUUCUCCGUUUAAGGUGUGUAAGCACUUUUUUUUCUCUUCCUUCAGUGGUGCUGGUUUGAGCUCAGAACCUUGCAUAUGGACCUUAAGCACAUGCUCUCCCUAAGCAGCCUAGCCUUCUCUCUGGAGCAGAUUUCUGUUUGUUUUCUAAACAGAUUUGAACCUGAGGCUCAGAAGGUUAAAGCCAGUUGUCUAGGUUGGUGCAGAGUAGUAGCGACAGGGCUGAGAUAGGUCCCUCUCGCCAAGUCGUUCAGUUCUUCAUACAGUUCAUGGUCAGCAAAGGCAGAAUGUCCGCUGUAAAAUAGGUUAGCACACGUCACCUGUUGAUGCAUUAUUGUUUUUGAAGAAUAGAGGCAUUCUUCAAAAUAGAGAUAUUUCCUUGUGUAAAUAGAAAAAAGUGUAGUCUGUACCUAUGGGAGCCAUCCACACUUCAUGCCCAACUAGGAUUUUUUUUUCAAAGGAAAUUUUAUUUAUAUAGCCAAGUAUAAUAUUAAAAUCAUUUAUUAUAUCUUACCUCAAAUGUUUAUUUAUGGAUUGAGUUUAAUUCAGAGUACAUCCAGUUUCGAUAUUAACUAGGAUCUUAGCAGAAUUUCCUGAAGUGAAAUUUUAUGGGGGGUUGGGGAAAGAUUAGUUCUGAUUGGUUGUAUCUGAGCUUUGGGAGUUUCAGGUGUGUUAUUUAUUUAUUUUUCUCCCAUCAGUAGAUUAGCCUUUCUGCUGACUUGUAGACAACUAUGAGUUUUCAGAUUCUUAAUGAAGGCUUAAAAAGAACAUAGGAAAUGUAUGCAAGCCUCAAACCCCAUCUGCCACCUCAAGUCUUGCACUCAGGGAAGCCAGUACCCGCAGGAGUUGCUCGAACAUGGCUGGGCUCCUGAGGGUCUCAGAAAUCCUACAUUUCACCAACCAUCCAAAAUUUUUGUUUGGUCCACAAUUCUGGCUCACAGUCUUUAGUGAACUUCCUCCCAGAAAGUGUCUUUUGAUUGUUUUUUUUUUUUUUUUUUUUUUUUUUGCUUUGCUUUGCUUUGCUUUGUUUUCUAAGGCUGCUUUGCAGAACCCUGUGUGCACCAAGGGACAGCAGGAGAAUAGGGAGGUACCCAAAACCCCUUUGAGAAUGCUCUCAUGAGCUCUGUAGCAAGGCAAGCACUUGCCUAGGGUGCUAGCUGAUAAUACCUUGUGACUCUGUGUGUGUGUGUGUGUGUGUGUGUGUGUGUGUGUGUGUCCUAGAGGUACAGAAUGUGAAGAUAAUUGCUGCUGCAUAGGUACAUGCGGAGUAGCAGAGAGAAAUCCUAAUACUGCAACCCCCAAAAUCUUCUGGAAGCCAGACUCGCUAAUUCUACUCUCCAGACUUGUAAGUCUUUCUAUGUCUGUGUUCUCUCUUCCACA